AUGUGGAUAAUAUUAUAUCUUCGAUUGAGUUCCUUAUCACCUGAAUGAGGAAAAUAAUAAUAUAUGUAAGCCCUGUCGAAUACUGAAGUACUGUUCAGCCAAACUGUUUUGGUUUUUCGAGCAACCACACACCGACUUGCAUGACGGUCUGUCGUUAGAUGUCUGAAUUAUUACGACAAGCCAGUAGUUUGCACAGCUGAUAACGUGAUUCGGCGGUGGGCGUUAUGCGUGUUCAACUUCAUGCAUUAAGACAACAACAAAAUUUAAAUUUGAAAGCAAGCCGCAAUAAGACGCAGCUAUAUAAGGGUCGUAUCAGAUAACGCUUAAUGCGUCGUGGACGGUUCGGCCGAUUGGCCGGAUCAGCAGCCCAGGCCGUGAUGGUCGCGCUGUGCGUGUUCAACUUCGUGAUGACGCCGUACUUCGAGUGUCAGCUUGACGGUGACAGCUGCGACGAAAGCGUAAGCAUGAUGGCCGGCAUCUACGCGCGGUCGGUGAGCAUCACGUGCCUAGUGACGGUGGCUGUCGCGUGGCACAAGUACCGCAGUGUAAUGGUGGCGUACCGCGAGCGCGCCGAGCUGAUCGACGCGUACUCGGCACCGGCCACUUCUGUGGCCGCCUCCGCCAAUUCGCUUUACGUCGACCACGCAACGUUCGCCGGUGUCGUGUUGUGUGUGUGCGUGGUGCUCAUCGUACCCAUCAACUUGUUCCGUUUGUAUCGAUUUUUUAUGGACGGCCGACCGGUGGCCGCGAUCGUGUACUUUGUACUCAUGUACUCGCAAAACCUGUACGUAUGCUUGUACGAGACACACUUCGUGUUGCUGUUCUACGCGCUGUACACGAGGUACACAGACCUCAACCGGGAUAUGGAGGCCAUUGGCGAGCGGAUUGAGGACGGCCGGUGCGCGCGCGACGAGCCGCCACCCGGCCGCGAUGGUUGGAUACCAUACGACGGGGACGACGAACACCGACCGCACUAUCUCUAUUACUCGUCGGCCACGGGACAGCCGCUGGUGGACGCGGUCGAGCGGCUCCGGAUCAGACACCGGCUGAUCCGCGAGGCCAUGGACGCUCUCAAGCCCACGUUUGCCGUGCCCAUCGGCCUGUCGCUGUGCAACCUGUGCGUAAUGGUCCUAUUCGACGUCUACUACCACCUGAAGAACUCGGUCGAUCAACCCGCCGGGGACUUGGCCAACGUGUACAUAUUCCUGUGGAUCGCCCAGUACACGUUCCGAUUUUUCGUCAUCACCAUGACAGUGGACGUUACCGUGAAACAGGCACUCAGGUCGAAAGAAACAAUAACGGAUGUGAGCAGACAUUGUUUAGAUAUUAGUACGAAAGAAGAGUUACAAAUAUUUUCAAAUCAAAUAUCUAGUACUGCGAUAGAAUUUACGAUGUGUGAUCUUUUCACUUUAAAUGCACGCCUCUUCACAUCUGCGGUGGGUGUCUGUAUCACGUACCUAGUAAUAUUACUCCAGUUCAAAAUAAAGGUGGAUAAUGUUUAUUAAAAAAACGUUUAGAAAUUAAUAACAAUGUACAUGUGUAACAAUACUGUGUAACUGUGUAAGUAUACAUGGACUGCAAUGUAUAAUACUAUAUAUAUAUACAUAGUAAUAACUAUAUGUACAGUGGCAUAAUUUCUAGUCGAGUUUUCCGAUAUUUAAUCCAUGAAAUAUGAUCCAUUUAUUAUAUCCAUAAAAUAUUUCGAUAUUGCCAUUUAUUAGUAAAAUAAAUUUUUAAUAAUGUAUAGUAUUUAAAUACCGGCAUUCGACUCUGUGUCGAUCGUGGGCAUAACUUCAGGGCAUGCGUUAUACUAGAUAAAAUUAUUUUUAAACUAUUUCUUACAUCGCUAACAAUUUAUAAGCGGUACAAUAAACAUACUAUUUUUGAACAAUCACUAUAGUCAUAUACUUUCUAUUAAUCGAUAAUGUAUAAGUAGUGCGUUUAUAUUUUAUACAAAUAGCUUAUAAAUAUCGCCAUUUUGAUUAUGUAUAUUUAAUUAUUUCACUGUCAAAAAUAAACUGUUGGAAAAUAAUUAAUAUUCAAUAUUUACUACCUCAUAACAUUCACACGGUAAUGAAAAUAUUUGAUAAUAGUACAUGCACGACGCAGAUUAUACGUAAGUAAAAAAAUUAUGAAAUGUAUGUGUUAAUAUACUUAGUUCUAUAGUUUUGGAUGUUUAAGUACAUAAAUUAAUUUUUAUUUCAUUAUAUUUCUUUAUCAAUACUUGUACAGUUAUUUUACGAAAAAAAAUAUAAAACAAGUUACACAUUUUUUUCUUUAUAAGAACGAAAAACAGUCAAACUAAUUUCAAUAGUGAAACAUAAUAAUAAC